CGGAUCCUCCACUGCCCCAGGUCCCCUGCCCCACUAGAAAGUCCCAUAUCAAAGUGUGAUAACGAUUUUUUUUCUGCCGUAGGUUGAUCAGCCAGAGAUUUUACGGUACCCGCCACCCUCUGCUCCCCAUUUAAACAGCAGUCUUCCCGACGAAAUUUCUUUUCUUCAGACGCAUCCUUUAUCCCAUUCAUCAUCUUCAUCCUUCCUUUUUCUUCAAUACCCUGUAGCGGAUUUCAUCACUUCAUCACAUCACUUCACAAUAACCGCUAUCAUGGGCAAGAAGGAUUCCGUCAAGGCCACCAAGGCCACCAAGGUCACCAAGGCCGAGCCCGUCAAGGCUGCUAAGCCCGUCAAGGCCACCAAGGCUGAGAAGCCCUCCAAGAAGUCCAAGAAGGAGGAGUCCUCUUCCGAGGAGGAGGAGUCCGAGUCUGAGUCUUCUGAGGAGGAGUCCAGCGAGGAGGAGUCCAGCGACGAGUCUUCCGAUGAGGAGAUGACCGACGCUCCUGCCGCCAAGGAGACCAAGAAGGCCGAGUCUUCCGACUCUGACUCCGAUUCUGACUCUGACGACUCCGAGUCUGAGGAGGAGACUUCCGAGGAGGAGAAGCCCGCCGUCAAGGAGGAGAAGAAGGAGAGCUCCGAUGAUGAGGAGAGCGACUCCGACAACUCCGAUUCCGACUCUGACUCUGACUCUUCCGAGUCCGAGGAGAAGUCUGAGUCCGAGGAGCCUUCCAAGAAGCGCAAGGCUGAGGAGUCCUCCGAGGAGGAGGAGGCUCCCAAGAAGGCCAAGACUGAGGAGGUUGCUGAUGACAAGAGCACCCUCUGGGUUGGUAACCUCGGCUGGGGCAUCGAUGAUGCCAUCCUCUUGGCUGAGUUCGAGGACUGCGAGGGUGCUAAGAGCGCUCGCGUCGUCACUGACCGUGAGUCUGGCCGCUCGCGCGGUUUCGGCUACGUCGACUUUGCCACCAACGAGCAGGCGCAGAAGGCUUAUGAUGCCAAGAGCGGAGCUCUUCUUGAGGGCCGUGAGAUGCGUCUCGACUUCGCUGCCAAGGAUGCCGGCAACAAGCCCCAGGACAAGGCCGCCAACCGCGCUGCCAAGCACGGCGACACCAUCUCUCCCGAGUCCGACACCCUCUUCGUCGGUAACAUGCCCUUCUCCGCUGACGAGUCUGUCGUCUCCGACUUCUUCAACUCCGUCGCCUCCGUUGCCAGCCUCCGUAUCCCUACCGACCAGGAGUCCGGCCGCCCCAAGGGCUUCGCCUAUGUUACCUUCAACUCCGUUGAGGAUGCCAAGAACGCUUUCGAGCAGCUGAACGGCUCCGACCUCAAUGGCCGUCCCGUCCGUCUCGACUACGCCAAGCCCCGUGACAACAACGGUGGCGGUGGUGGCUUCGGUGGCGGCCGUGGUGGUGGCCGUGGCGGUGGCCGUGGUGGCUUCGGUGGCCGUGGUGGUGGCCGUGGUGGCCGUGGUGACUUCGGUGGCCGUGGCGGUGGCCGCGGUGGCGGACGUGGUGGUUUCGGUGGUAGCCGUGGUGGCUUCCAGGGCAAGAAGACCACCUUCUAA